CAGUUGCAACAUUUCAAUUUUCUAUUUGAUCUGUUCGAGAGACGGAGAAGGCGAAAGAAGAUUUGUGUUACGAUGUUGAAAUAUGUUGGUGUUUGGAUGAUGACAUUGUUUGUAGUACGACUUAAUGGAACGUUUUCAGAUGUUGCUUUUCAAAAACCUGCCACCAUGAGUACCGUUCAUACCAUAGCAUCUGGUGCUGUGGAUGGAGACACGGCCUCAUGCGCAACAACGAAAAAUGGCGACAUGGAACAGUGGUGGAUGGUGGAUCUGCGUGGGUACUUUGACAUACAUGACGUCAUCAUCGCGAACUGUGACGAUGAGUAUUCGUGGCUGUAUCUACACAGCUUCACCAUUGACGUGUUUAAGGAGAAUCCAAUAGGCUGUGCAGGCGCCAACCCAAUCCAGUGCUACAACCGCACCGACCUACUGGGGCGUGAUGAGACUGUACAGUUUAAAUGUCGCUCGCCCGUGAUUGGUCGGUUCGUCCGUAUUAAGAAGUGGAGAAUGAUGAGCGAGUCUGAAACACUGAUACUCUGUGAUGUUCAGGUUCUUGGCACAAGGGCGACAGGUUGUGGUUUCUCUCGACUUUUUCACCUUGUACGAGAGACGCAACUCAACUCGACAAAUGAUGUCAUUUCCGGCAUUGUUGAUGUCAUGAAUUGCGCGAGCAGAUGUGGCCACCGCGAUUGCUUGGCGUUCAACUACAACCAGAACAGUCAGCAGUGUCAGCUCAUUUCAGCUCCGACGUUUAACGAUUCAGCAACGAUGACGUCAUCGUGGGAUUACUACGGAGUGGAUCUUUGUUGAUCAAUUUAAUGUCUGAAUUUUGUUAAGACUGGAAGAAACACAGGAUCAGCUUGUACUGGGCAGGUCUGGGAUUUUAUAACGAGGGAUCCUAAAAUUAUAAACAGAGGAAAUUUGUAUCUGCAAAUUAGUCAAGCUCCAGAAUGGGGCGAAAAUUUUGGGACAUUCGAUGGUAUUUUUUUAAUAAGAUGCCCAGAGACGUUUGUUUUCAUGACAAUUUACUUCCAGUUUGCUACAUUUGUGUUUGAAACAUUUUGUAUGAUUAAAACUUGUUAAUUGUACCACCCAUGUUCGUGUCUACAUUCGUCUGAGCGUGUUAUAUUGAAGGCAUCAUUCUAAAAGAAAUUUCAUCGGAAUAAAUAGGAUUA